AGUCAGAAAGAAGACCAUCUUGGUAGUACCAUUGUAUUGUCUGUGCAUUAGGCUGCCGUACCAAUAAACAUCGAUGAUUCACAUAUGGCUGCCAUACCUGUAUCCUGUGCCUAUUAAUAUACAUGUGAUAAUGAAAUGUAUGCCAGAUUAUUCUUCCAUCGUAGAUUCCAUUUCAAGAUACAACUCACUCCUAUUACUGUCCUGUACCCUGAACUCAUGAAGAGACAAGGGAUGAGUGGCAUUUGGGCAGUGCUAGUGGGAGUGGUGGAGGAACUAUGGCUAGAUAUUGGUGAUGGAUUGUGGGUGGUCCUUGAGGCUGUAGGGUUGGGUCGUCUAGUGCUCAGACUAAGAGAGGAGAUAAUUUCCUCGGUCUCACGCCCAAGAAGAAGGUCAUGGAUUCGCAUCAUUGGCUCUGCACUACCUCUUAAACCUGUUGAGAGACCAUAUUUAAGGUAUGUUGCCCUCCGGAGUUUGAGCACAUCGUGUGACUCCCUCUUCUCUGCACACACCCAAGGUCGAAUAGACUCCAAGUGGCUCGCUGAUACUGAAAGAUCAUCCAGGUUUAGACCUCUUUUAUCAAGAUGUGAAACAGCACCUGAACUCUUCCCUCUUGGUAGAGAUGUAGAUAGAAAUAUAAAUGGUGAUGCCACUCCAAGAUCUUCCACUCCUUUUAGCAUAGCAUCAGACAUUGGUCCUCCACACCAUUGCAUCCACAACUCAGAAGAUAAUUUUGUUGCUCGCCAACAGCACGAAAACUUGCCACACAACAGCUUUCAUCAUUCAACAAUACAUGCAGCUUCUCCAUUCACAGAUCCCUCUGCCUUAGCCAAGAUUUCAGCUUUAGAGGAUGAGCUCUCACUGCUUCGAUCACAAAUUUCCAUAAUACUGAAUCAAACAAAGCGUCCUGUCACCCCUCCAUCUAGUCCAACCCCUUCAACACCAGUCCCACCCCCACCACCACCCCCACCAUCCUGUCUACCUCCUCCUCCUCCAGCUCCUCCUCUUCCUGCCAUAUGGAAGAAGUCUUCCUUGCCAACUAGUACUCAAGACCCCAACCUCCUGAGGAAACCAUCUUUCUCUGAAAUGAUUGCACAAAACAAAGACAAUAUAAACAAGCACACAGAAGAUUUAAAUGUUCCUGCUAAUGAAAACGGCAUCUCAAGGCCAGUAUCAAUGACGGAUGUUCUUAAGGGCCUCAACAAAGUCAAGUUGAAAAAAGUAUCAAGGUCCCCGGGUGGAACUCCAGUAAGAUCGCGGCCAAAGUCACCUGCACCGAAUGAUCCUGCUGCCAUUAUUGCUGCUGCCCUGAAGAAACGGUUUGCCAAUAUGCACUCAGACUCUCCAGAAAAGGAAGCUAAUGAGGAGAGCAAUGAAUAUGAUUCAUCUCCUGACACUACGCCCCAGCUGGACCGUAGAAGUCGGAUUGAGAUUCCAAAGCGUAAGAUACUCCAAGAGGAAACACCAACACAGAAUCUGUUUAAGAUGUUGAAGAAGCCUUCACCUAGAAUACAAAAACCAAAACCAAAACCAAGAGAGGUAGAGAAAUCUUCACUACCUAUUUUUGGUCAGCAUCUUCUGAAAAAACGUGUCCCACAAGCUCCAGAACCGAGGGAGAGUGUGAGCCCCUGUAGUGAGGCGUCGGAUCUUUCACGGUGACCUUUUACAGUAUCUUACAGCCUGUAUAUUACAAAAUGGUUCUUGGUGCUGAGCAACGCUACAUAUUAAAUUUUACUUUAUAGUGGUAAGAAAGCUGGAGAUUUUUUAUUUAGAAUUAUUAUGACAUGAAAUCACUAGAUGUGGUUUCAUCAGGAGUUUUAGAAAAUUAUGAGAACUUUUAUUGUUUAUUGGUUACCAAUCUCAUCUUAAAUGUUUACUACACUUUUGGUGAACUGAUAUAUGUAUUGAAAAUAAUUUGAAGUGAUAAAAUAUAAAAAGUAUGACUUCAAACAUUCCAAAUCAACUGAUUAACAGAUACAGGUGGUUCAAGAGGUAGAAGGAACAUACCUUGUGUGUUUUUGUUUAUGAAAAAUAUUUAUAUACAUACAGUGAGCACCUGUUUUAAAAAAGAGUGCCAAUUUCAUCAAGAAAAAAAUUACGCGUAUGUUGAUCAUUCUUGAUAAUCUAGGUAUAAGUAUCAAGACUGAGUGUUUAGGUAAAUUUUCAUGAUACUGUACAGUAUUUAAAGAAUGUCGUAACUCUUUCAUUAACACUGCCUUAACCCUUUGAUGGCAACUUGUGGUCAUUAUUCACUGGACGGGGAAUAUAAAACGAAAGCAAUAAAAUAUAAUAGCAUUUUUAUCUUAUCAUAAACUAUUUAUUUACACCAUCAAAGUUCAUGGGUGGGGAGGGGGGGAUGGGGGUAAACAAAUAAUCACUCUAAUCCGAUGUGGGAGCAUAUUCCUCUUCCUUACCACUCAAAUUCCCCUAAGAUUCACUUGUCAGAGAUUGAGGAAAGUCACUAAUAUCACUGUCACUGCAUGGGAGGGUCAUCAUUAUCUCCAGAAUUUUAAAUACUGUAAAAUUAUAUCAAUGUUCUGCAUUCAUUACUAAUGGGUGAGAGCCUUACAUUGCCUCAAGGCAGUUGCCAGAAGCCUCUACAAACAUGUUCAGCAAGUACAAAGCAUGUGAAAUUUAAAUUGGGCCCAUGAAAAAUAUAUUGUAACAGUUGUGGGAUAUGUCUUGAACCAUGUGACCUGCCAUCCCAAAUUUUUUCCAUCAGAAAGGAUAUGUUACCUGCAGGGCACUUACAUUACCCAAGACCCAGUACGUAUUACCAGGUAUUCGGAUCAUUUUCUCUAUUUCUUCCAAAGUCAACUCAAAUUCAGUACAGUAUCCGUAACAAAUUUGUCACUCAAUUCACUGUUAUCAUGAUUUAGUUCACUAACAUGAUCUGCUUUCUGAUCAGGUGAACACCAACCCUUGUGGUGGAUGAACCCCUGAAUCACAGUAGAUAUGUUUGGUGUUUGGAAGCAGACUGGGUGAGCUUCCUGUCUACAGUAGUAGGUAUGCAUAUGUGAUUACGGUCCACUGGAAAUAACAAGAAUUAACAUCCAAUAAACUUCCAGUGAUGUUUGAAGUAUGCUGAGGUUCAUGGAUGUCACAGAAAAUUAAUAAUUGACUUAAAAUAUUAUUGACGCCAAUGUGUGACAAGUUAUCAUCAAAAGUGCAUUUCAGACCACUUUGGUACUUGCAUUACGGUAUUGGGUUAUUUUACAUUUACAACAAGUUGGCAUUGUAGUCUGGUAGAAGUGGCUUAAGGGCUGAUAUGCAGGUACUGUACAAUACGACAGUUGAGGCAUGUGAUAGUGAGAGGGUGUAACUGUACCCUUUGUGAAAAUUGGUAAUUUGCAAAACUGGUUUCUGAGGGUUAUUUACUGUAUACCGUAUUAUUCUAUUUAAAAGUGAAUAAUGUUUUAUUUAAUAAAAUUGUGGUGCUACAUUACCAAAUUAUGGUAAACAGUUUUCUUGGUCGCUCAAUGUUUUAGCAACUUUACUUCCAGGCUAACAGUUCUAGGGUUGGAUUCCCAAAGGUUCAUAGUGAAAAUAUCCUUCAUAUUUAAAAGAUGUAAAAAUGCACCUAAUUGGUAAUAUCUAUAAAUAAAAUAUUGAAAUUAUAUGGCAACUUGAAAAUGGUACAAAAUGAAUGUAUUUGGUUCAGGUAGAGUGGUAUUUUAUAGGUGUGUGUGUAUUGCCAAGUGGAUAUAACGUUUACCUCUUGUCCUUGCGAUACUGGUUUAUGCCUGGGGCAUCCCAAGUCUACCCAGCCAUAAAUGGCUACCUAACUAUACUGUUGCAGAAGGCAGUUGGGGGCACGUCUGGCCAUACCGCCUCUUUAUGUUCACUGAAAAGUUAGUGUGUUAAAUCCACACUACUUUUAAACAGCUGCCAGUCAAA